UGUAAAAAAUCUCACGCAAAUACACGUGCGUGCGAUUUAUUUUUUCUUGUAUUUUCAAUGCAAAUUAAGUAAAAUUAUAUCCAUAAAAUGUCGAAGAAAAUUAAGCAUUUAGUUGUUGAUACAACGGCCUUUAUUAAAGCAGCCAAUUUACAAGAUCUAGCUGAGAACGUUUACACAAUUCAGGAAGUGAUUGAUGAAAUUACAAAUGAUCGUCAGAGAAGAAAACUUGUUGUCUUGCCGUACGACUUGAAAGUGAAGAAUGUGUUUGCUGAAAAUAUCAAAUUUGUCACAGAUUUCUCCAAGAAAACCGGAGACUACACAAGCCUGUCGGCAACAGACAUAAAGGUUAUGGCACUGACUUACCAACUUGAAAAGGAAAUGAUUGGCACGGAACACUUAAAAACUGAGCCUACAAUGCAACGGACUAUAAAGGUAACAGGUCUAGGGGGCUACAAUGGUAACCAGUCUAGUGAAAGUGCACCGAACACUGCUGAAGUUCAAAGCAGUGAAAACAAUGCAGACAAUGAAUCUGAGCCUGUCACUGAAAGCGAUACAAAUACACCAGAUGAUGUUGGUAAUCAGUCCAAAACUGCAGAAGAAACUGAUGAAUUAGCACAAAAAAUUGCAGAGCAAAUGCAAAAUAUCGACUUGAAAGAUGAAGAAGUAGAUAACCUUAUAGUCAAGGUAGAUACAGAUGAAGAAGAGAAUGAAUCAAAUGAAGAAGAAGACUCUGACAGUGAUGGAGGAGACUGGAUAACCCCGGGCAACCUGGCUGAAAAGAAGAAGGAAAUGGACAUGGGAGAAUUUGAAGAUAAAGCUGUAGAAGUUGCCUGUAUCACCUCAGACUUCGCCAUGCAGAAUGUCCUCAAACAAAUAGGUUUAAAUGUUACAGCUAUAGAUGGAAGGAUAAUCAAACAGCUUCGUACCUUUAUUUUUCGCUGCACAACCUGUUUCAAGACAACCAGUGUGAUGACAAAACUGUUUUGUCCCAAAUGUGGCCAUGCCACACUGAAGAAAGUGGGGGUCAGCAUAGAUGAUGAUGGCAACCAGCAUAUCCACAUCAAUGGUCGUAAGCCCUUGUCUGCAAGAGGGAAGAGAUUCAGCUUGCCCACACCCAAAGGUGGACAGCACUUCCAGUACCCAAUCCUCACUGAGGACCAGCAUAUUCAUAAAAGAUUUGCAACCAAAAUGGCCAGGAGCAAAACUAAUGCCUUAGACCCUGACUACAUCGCUGGCUUCUCACCUUUUGUCAUGAAAGAUGUCAACUCAAAGUCUGCGGUUCUGGGAGUCCGAGCCAACAAACAAGAUGUCAAAUACUGGAUGAAAAACUACUCCAAGGGAAAGAAGAAAUAACACUAUUUAUUAUUGUAAAAUAGAAUCUAUUGUCUUAUUAUUAAAAACAACUAUACAUUCA